AGACUUUUAUCAGCAUUCUAUGACCCCAAGCCCCCAUCGGACUUGCGGAUGUCGCCCCUUCUCGCUCCUUCGAAGGCAGGCCUUCCCGCAGCUUUUGUGCAAGUCAUGCAGUACGACCCUCUCCGGGAUCAAGGGAUUCUGUACGAGCGCCUUCUCCGAGAAGCUGGCGUUCCGACGAAACUCGUUCAGUAU